ACUAGGGGCAUGAAUUAAUUGGGAAAAGAAAGCAGCAGCAGGAGGAGAAGCUGAACCCACCAUUCCCCUUCUUCCUUCUCGAAGCUCUGAGGCCUCACAUCUGAGAACAAGAAGUUCCAAAGCUUCCCGCUUUCUCCUCCUGGCUUUCCCCCUCCGAGACCUCCAGCUCCCUUCUCUGUGCCAAUGCAUGAGCCGCAAGCAAACCUGACCCCUCCGGAGGACUGCAGCGGCCUGACCCGACUGCAGAAGGAUGGCAACCCGGGAAUGAGCUCCUUCAUGUUUGCGGCAGGGGUGGUGGGCAACGUGGCCGCCCUGGCCAUCUUGGGCUUCCACCGGAAGGAGCUGCGGACCAAGAGCUCGGCCUUCUGCAUCCUGGUGACUGGCCUGGCCAUCACGGACCUGCUGGGCACCUGCGUGGUCAGCCCUGUGGUCUUUGUGGCCUAUUCGCGAAACGCCACCGUGCUGGGCCUGGUGGAUGGAGGGCACUGGCUGUGUGACCUCUUUGCCUUCUCGAUGAUGUAUUUCAGCCAAGCAGCCAUGCUCAUCCUCUGCACCAUGGCGGUGGAGCGGUGCCUAGCUAUCAGCUACCCCUAUUUCUACUCGCAGCACAACAUCCGCCGGUGGGCCAAGCUCUCUCUGCCCGCCACCUAUGCCUUCAGCGCCCUCUUCUGCAGUCUGCCCUUCCUGGGUGUUGGGCAGUACAAGCAGUACUGCCCGGGCACCUGGUGCUUUGUCCAGAUGGACGUGGAGCUGACAGGGGGCGACCGCGGCAAGGCCGCCUUCUCGCUGUCCUACGCCACGCUGAUGGCGCUGCUGAUCCUCGCCAUCUUCGUGUGCAACGGCCUGGUUAUCAUCAGCCUCUGCCAGAUGUAUCGCAAGCAGAGGGCCCGCCGGCGAGGCUCUAUCAACGUGGCCCAGCAGCGCCGGCGCAAGAGCUGGCUCGGCCAAGGCGAGGAGGAGGUGGACCACCUCAUCUUGCUGGCCCUCAUGACGGUCAUCUUCGUCAUCUGCUCUUUGCCCCUCACGAUCCGGGCUUACAUUGGGGGCAUCAACCCUGACCACAUAGAGAACGAGGACAUGAAAGCCUUCCGAUUCAGCGCCUUCAAUCCCAUCGUGGACCCGUGGCUCUUCAUCAUUUUCCGCAAAACCGUCUUCCGCAGCAUCCGGAACUUUUUCUACUCCCAGUUCUGGUGGCCCUGGUGGUCCAGGACGCAGAAAGUGUCGUCCACGCUCGGGACACAGGAUGGCAUCCCUUUCCAAGACUAUUCCGCCUGCUGAGAGCCAAAGCCACCCUACGGACGAGGCGCUUCCUGGCAGUGGGCGCAGAGGGACGGGGUGAAGACUCAGAGGAGGAGCUGAAAUGAUUCCCCACCCGCAAAGCACCUCAACAAGGAUCCAGGAACUGGUGGGGCUAGGUUGGAGCAGGUGCGGGUGGCGAAGGAGCAUUUAUUGACUGCAGGCAGGUCUUUGGAGAGGAGAGAUUCUUUCUCCCUACAGUGGCAUCCCCCAUAGGAAAGUUUCCAGGAGGACAUAGGAAGUGGCCAAUUAGUCCGUCUAGCUCAGGAAUGUCUCUACACUGAUUGGCAGCAGCUCUCCAGGGGUUCAGGCAGGAGACAAUUCCAGCCCCACCAGGAGAUUCUGCUGUGGAGUGAACCUGGGACCUUGAACAGGGGAAUGAUGACCCUUUCCAUAGGGAUGCUCUGCUUUGCGUUUCUUCAUUAGUUAAAGAGGACGGGAGAUCAGGGCGUCUGUAAUUCAACCACCAAGAGGGCAAAACAGAGGAAGAGGAUGGAGAGAGAGAGAGAGGAGAAAUGUGACUGUGUAGCAUUGGGUUACCUGCAUGUUGAGCAACCUGUGCCAGUCCCAGCUCUACCUUGUUUGCUAACAUACCAAAACAGAUAACGGAUAUUAGUUUGUCUAGUUUCACGCUUCCGGCAUCGAUUAGCACACAGGGUUCGAUUGUGAAGCUUUACUGUGAAUCUUCGAAGCUGCAGAAAUAAAAAGCGGCGAGUUUCUAUCCAGCACGCCUGCGUGGCUGUACUUUAAAAUGCACACAGACAGAGCUCAA